CUUGGCAUAGAGUAGGGACUUCAGAAAGAGCGGCUGGAUAACUGGGUGAUGUCCGGGUUAAUGUUUUCCAGGAGCACCGAACUUCUGCCAUGACCGACACCGUGUUCAGCAACAGCCCCAGCCGUUGGAUGUGUCCCAGUGACCGACCCCUUCAAUCAGAGCUCCAGGCAGGCUGGCCCGUCCAUCCCAGCGGUCCGCCCGACAGACAGAGGAAGCAGGAAGAGCUGACAGAUGAGGAGAAGGAAAUCAUCAACAGAGUGAUCGCUCGAGCCGAGAAAAUGGAAGAGAUGGAGCAGGAGCGAAUUGGGCGCCUGGUGGACCGUCUGGAGAACAUGAGGAAGAACGUGGCUGGGGACGGGGUGAACCGCUGCAUACUGUGUGGAGAACAGCUGGGGAUGUUGGGCUCCACCUGUGUGGUGUGUGAGGACUGUAAAAAGAACGUCUGCACUAAGUGUGGGGUGGAGACCUCCAAUAACCGCCCGCAUUCCGUGUGGCUCUGUAAAAUCUGCAUCGAGCAGAGAGAGGUGUGGAAGCGUUCUGGAGCGUGGUUCUUCAAGGGAUUCCCCAAACAGGUCCUCCCACAGCCUAUGCCUAUAAGGAAGACCAAGCCCCAGGAGCCUGUCAGUGAGCCUGCUGUCCCUGAGCAGGUCGCUCCUGAGCCCAAGCAUGCUGCCCGGGCUCCAACCCGAGGUGACACAGAAGACCGGAGGGGCCCAGGUCAGAAGACAGGUCCUGACUUGGCCUCUGCCCCCGGGCGAGGAAGCUAUGGGCCUCCUGUGCGCAGGGCCUCCGAGGCACGCAUGAGCUCAUCCAGCCGGGACUCAGAGAGCUGGGACCAUGGCCACGGUGGGGCUGCCGCUGACUCCAGCCGGAGCCCAGCCGGUUUGCGACGGGCAAACUCAGUCCAGGCCUCCAGACCAGCCCCCGCCUCCGUGCAGAGCCCAGCCCCUCCACAGCCCGGGCAGCCAGGGCCUCCAGGAGGCGGCAAAGCCAGCCCUGGGCCAGCAGGACGCUUUCCAGAUCACAGACCAGAGGUGGCUCCCGGUGAGCCCAGCUACGCAGGGGCCACCGCCCCAGCCCGGGAGGACAGAACAGGGGGAGCUGGGGGCUACUCAGCAGCUGGAGCCAGGGAGGACCGAGGGGGCCACCCACCGGGCCCCUAUUCCCAAGCGGCUGCUGCGGCUCCCCAGCCCGCCGUGGCCCCUGCCCGCCAGCCCCCGCCCCCGGAGGACGAGGAGGAAGAAGCCAACAGCUACGAUUCGGAUGAAGCAACCACCCUGGGUGCCCUGGAGUUCAGUCUUCUCUACGACCAGGACAACAGCUCCCUGCACUGCACCAUCAUAAAAGCCAAGGGACUGAAGCCCAUGGAUUCCAACGGCUUGGCUGAUCCUUACGUUAAGCUGCAUCUCCUGCCGGGAGCCAGCAAGUCCAACAAGCUUCGUACAAAAACCCUGCGGAACACCCGGAACCCCGUGUGGAACGAGACACUUGUCUAUCACGGCAUCACAGACGAGGACAUGCAGAGGAAGACGCUCAGGAUCUCUGUCUGUGACGAGGACAAAUUUGGCCAUAACGAGUUUAUCGGUGAGACCAGAUUCUCACUCAAGAAACUGAAGCCUAACCAGAGAAAGAACUUCAACAUCUGCCUGGAGCGGGUGAUCCCGAUGAAGCGUGCUGGAACCACCGGGUCAGCCCGAGGCAUGGCCCUUUAUGAGGAGGAGCAGGUGGAACGAAUUGGUGACAUAGAGGAACGCGGCAAGAUCCUGGUGUCCCUCAUGUACAGCACACAGCAGGGAGGCCUCAUCGUGGGCAUCAUACGCUGCGUGCACCUGGCCGCCAUGGAUGCCAAUGGCUACUCAGAUCCAUUUGUCAAGCUCUGGCUGAAACCGGACAUGGGAAAGAAAGCCAAACACAAGACUCAAAUAAAGAAGAAAACCUUGAAUCCUGAAUUUAAUGAGGAGUUCUUCUAUGACAUCAAACAUAGUGACCUGGCAAAGAAGUCCCUGGACAUCUCGGUCUGGGACUACGACAUCGGAAAAUCCAACGAUUACAUCGGAGGCUGCCAGCUGGGGAUCUCAGCCAAGGGAGAGCGCUUAAAACACUGGUACGAGUGUCUGAAAAACAAGGACAAGAAGAUUGAGCGUUGGCACCAGCUACAGAAUGAGAACCACGUGUCGAGCGAUUAGGAUGCCCCCCGCCGGGUCCCCAGCUCCACGCCCCACCCCCAUGCCAGCUCACCCACCCGCCUACCCCAGCUGCCCUUUGCACUCCGGUCCCUCUUCUCUCCGCCUCCUCCGCCCCUCCCCUCCCUGCACCUGCCUUUGAGGUGCCCCCCCCCACCUUGGGCACCACUGCCAAAGACCUUUUCCUCCCUCCCUCUGCGAUGCUGUGGCGCGGGCCCUGAGUGCAGCCCCUCUCUGAUCCCUCUAGGAUGGGGCCACAGGGAGAGGGAAGGGGCGAUUUUGACAAGGAGGUUGGAAUUUAAUGACCUCUCUGGGUAAACGGCAAAGGUUCCUCAUCAUUUAGAACUGUUUUUAGACCCUCCUAGCCUCGAACACACACACACACACACACACACACACACACACACACAACUUGCGUGUCGUGUCUGCGCAUAUCCUCAGUUGUCAGCAGACCCGGACAAGGCUGUGAGGACCAGCACUGGGGCAGAAACAGAGCAUCCGGGCCAGGCUGCCCCUCCACAGCAUUACCCGCCCCCGCCGAUGGCCAGGAAAACAGACCACCGGGUUUAAACUCCCCGGUGACUAGGAACACACCCUCCUGGCUCCAGAUGCGUCAAGAAAUGCACGCACGGAACACACAACGGGAUCCCGUAGCCUCCUCUUUCAGGAUGCCCCCCACUUGCUUCCUAGCAAAACCCAACACCCUUUCUCUAGCGCCCCCACCCUGUCCCUCGACCUCCCUUCCCCUCUCCCGGGCCCUACACCCCACCAAACUCUCUCACCUCCUCACGCUCCUGUCUCUCUCCGUCCAUCUCUCUCCCCUCCUCCUUUCUCUCUCCCCAAGGGGGGUAAAAUAGCAACGGCAAAACAGAGACCUUAACCCAGCCUCGCCCCUCACCAGCUUGACCCAAACUGGCGCAUCCCGGAAGUCCCCGUUGGGCCGUGCUUCUCAAAACUUCCACUCCUGCCGGCAGGGCUGGGUGUCCUCGGGCUGGGCCGGCUGCUGGCGAUGUCCCGGGUGCCUGGCGACGUCCCGGGAGCUGUGUAGACAUCCUGUAGAGGGCUUCCUCAGCCCCUGGGCUCCCCAAGCAGGUGCCAAAGGCAUUUAGAAACCAGAGCUCUGGGGGCAGGGGGCCUCUCCAAAGCCCCCAGCCUUCCUCCCCCCUCUGCCGUCAGUUAAAGGAACACACGACUGCGUCCUUAGCGCUCGCUGACUCUCUGCAUCUCUGGGAUCCUGUCUCUCACUCAGAAUCACCUUGAAUCUCUCAGUCUGUGUCUCUGUCUCAGUCUCUGUGUCUCUUGCACUUUCUUCACCAAGUUUGUCAGGGGAAGAAAACACCAUCAUGAAUGGAAAGCUUUCGAGAGUGACAGAUCCUGAUGCCAAAGGCCAUUGUCCCAUCAUGAAUCGGUCGGUCUCUCCCCCCCC